CACCAACAUCUGAUCAUAUAUAUACCUGAACAACAAGAUUUUAUUAGUAUUCAAGACAAAAAAAAAAUGUUAUAUUUAAAGACUAAAUUUAUCUUGUCAAUUACAUCGCAGGUGCAGGAGACAGAGUUAUCGCUAUCAACGUGGAAUCAACCAUUUCAUAUUGGAAAUUGAUCUAAGUACCCACCACCCAUUUGCUAGUAAGCCAUAAUGUAUAGUUUCAAGAAGACCAUCUCAUCCUAAGUUAAAUUCCCACUACCAUCACAAAUCAGCAUGGCUCAGCAGAGUCCUGAUCAGCAGAUCAAGCCCUUGGCUCCAUUCAUAUCAUCAUCCCACUUCAACUUUCAAGAAGAUCAAGACUACGCAUUCACACACAGCAAAAACAUUCGAAUAAGAAAGUUUAUCCAGUGCUGCGGUUGUGCCACUGCAAUUGUUGUGCUACUUGUGGUCAUAGUACUGGUCUUGGGCUUCACCGUUUACAAUGUCAAAGACCCCCAGGUGAGGACGAACGGGAUUAACGUUAUCAGUGGAACUUUCGCCAACGGUUCUACUGACAACGUUACGAUUCUUGCUGAUAUAUCUGUGAAGAAUCCAAACGCUUUUACCUUCAGGUUUGGAAACGCCAGAACCGAUGUUUACUAUAAUGGAGAGGAAAUAGGUGAUGGUGAAUCUCCACCGGGGAAAGCCAAGCCCAGAAGAACCAUAAGGGUCAACACCACCAUGGAGAUUAUUGCAAAGAAGCUUCUGGCGAUUCCAAAUUUGGAUACUGACCUAAAGGAUCAGGCUUUGAAUAUCAGCAGCUAUACCAGGAUUGAUGGUAAGGUCAAAAUACUAAACAUUUUUUCGAGGAAAGUUGUGGUUGAGAUGAACUGCACAAUCACAUACAACAUCACCACUGGGUCGAUUAAAAAUGGUGACAAUUGUUUUGGAAACGUUGAUAUUUAGGUUGGUUUUGAUGUUAAUUCUUUGUGAAUUUGUUAGGAUGAUGAUAGCAGUGGAAAAUAGCUAGUGUUUGUAGGUUGUUUUGCAUCAAAGAUGUUUCCAUCUACUGCGCAAUUUUUCGCACUUUAAUUGUACUGAUUAUGGAUAUAUGAUUUGAGUUAAUCCUAUAGUAAAUGUUAUCUGUUUCUCCUUC